AUGAAGAAUCAAUCAGCCUGUGAAGCAUGUCGCCGGCUCAAGAUGCGAUGCCUUCGCGCCAGCAUCGACGACGCCUGCGAUAGAUGUAAAAGAAACAACCGAUCAUGCCAGAUUCCUCCAUCGCGACCUCUAGGCAGAAGGCCAGGGGCAGUGGGGAAGUAUCGUGGAUUAGACAAGGCGCUGCGACAUGUACAGUUGGAACUGCGCAAGGCGAGGCGAGGUUCGGAUGCGCCGGAUCUGGAGGGAUUGGAGAUGAAUGGGAUGGAGUUGGCAGAGUCUGCAUCUCCACGACAGGCUGAGGAUAUACAGACUGCUCCAGCUCAGGUUCAUACGGAGAAUGAAGCUGUCAGCAAUCCACUGGCAUUGCUGGCCGAUGCAUCCGAAGCAGCGCAGGAAUCAGAGGGUGUCGUCGAUCACAAUAUUUUCCACGGUCGCCAUCUUCUAUCUCGGCCUGGAUAUGUGUCUUUAGGGCUGAGGCUGGAUAGACAAUGUCUGGAAGAGGGUCUGGAAGCGUUGUUUGUUCCUGAUACUCCCUGUCGAUAUUCCAACUACUUCAAGCCCGUUGAUUCUCAUCCACCGAGAGAUACUGGCCCUGAUGUAGAUCCAGUUGAUCUUGGUCUGGUGUCGAUGGAGGAUGCUGAGUAUCUAUUUCUAAUUUACUUUGCCCGUCUUCAUCCUAUCAACGGCAUUCUCGAUCCAGUUCUACAUACACCCAGCUUUGUUCGAUCUCAGUCUGCUCUUUUAUUCACUUGGAUACUCGCACUCACAUCCCAGUUUGAUGCUGCAUCAGCAUCGAUGGCAAAGCGACUGCGCCUGCAUGGCGAGAAACUAUCACGCCAUGUGCAUACAUGCGGAUACAAAUCAGUCGACAUUGUCCAAGGAUAUUACAUUUCGUUACUAUCGGCAACUCCUGCCAAUACUCUAGCCGAAGAGAGAUCCUGGUUAUAUACCAACUAUGCCUUUGGACUGGCAUCAGAACUAGGAUUAGAUCAACGAUCAGGACGAAUAUGUUCCACAGACAGCAAUGGAAUCGACCAUCAACGACUAUCGCGCAAUAAAGAACGAACCUGGCUUCGGAUUCUCCUCUGGGAACGAGCCAAUAGCGCCGCUCGAGGAAGAGCAACUGGAUUCCCAGAGACGGACUUGACGCUGUCCAUCGAUGACUGGUGGCUGCAUCCACUGGCUGAUCCGGCAGACAAGUAUACAGCAGCAUUCAUUCUUUUACGUCGACGGUUGGCUGCGCUGAAUCAUGAACUGCAGUCCCAGUCGAAUAGGCAUCAUAGCAAUCCCCAUUGGGUGCGAGGAUUUGUCGAUACAGCUCUGCAGCCGUGGUUCGAGACAUGGCUUCAGUCUGCCAGUAAUGAUUCUUCCACAUUUGAUGGUCUUUCCAACCUGUUCAUGCGACAUGUCUAUCUUCAUGGUCGAUUGUGGACGUUAUCCUUUGCUCUGCAUGGAUCCCUAGAUGGUGAUUCUGAAGCCAUCCGCGAAGACUGCUUCGACUCUGCCGUCCACUGCUGUGAGGUAACCGUCCAAGAUCUGCAACAAGUCGGAGAACCGUUAUACUGCAUGCUGGCACCGACAUGGGCAAUGAUCUCGUAUGCGGCUGUUCUGGCUUUGCGGUUGUUUCCUCUCCUCCAUGGUGGAAGACCAGGCUAUGAAGUGGAACUGUUGGCAUUGUUGUCUCAAGUGGCGAUACAGUUGGAAAAAGCAGGAACGACACCAUCGAGUCGGUUUGGAAUCGCAGCAUUACUCGGACAGCAUUUGACGAUGAUUCUCCGAGCGAGAGCAAGAGGGUUGAAAGAGUCUGUUGGGGAAGUGGAUUAUUCGCCUCCAAUGCAGGGGACGCAGCAGGAUGCGAUGAUAUCCACAUUUGACCCGUUUCUGACGUCUGCCAUGUGGGAUGACGAUGGAUCUGCAGAGGGAUUGACCGAUUUGCAUUUGCAGUUAUUCGGGCAGGGAUUUGGAGGCGUUGGUUUGUAG